AAAUUCCUCUUGCUAGUCUUCCAUUCUAUUAAAUGCUUCGCAAACCAGAGCAAAGGAAGAGACAUGAAGAGUUGAAUUUCACUGCCUUGUUUGGAAUUGGGUGGAAAUCCUGGAGAUGGAUCUCUUAGGAGUCUGUCUUCCAAUUGGGUUAGAUGCACAGGAGCAAUGGAUCGCCCCAGCUACCUGGAAGAGGACUAUUCUAGCCUGGAUGGGCUGGACGAUGACGUGUUUCACUCUGAUGACUUUGGACUUGCAGGUCAGCCUGGUGAGAUGACUGCAACUGGCUUUUUCACACAGAACCAGUCCUACAGCUGCCUUCUGGGGAGGUUUCAACUAUUCCCCCUCACACACUGCUGUGGUCCCGGUAUCAGGCAUCCUGAGCAGCAGGACAAGGCAACUCAAACACUCAGCCCGUCCUCUUCCAGUCAGGAUGUUAUGUUGCCUUGUGGAGUCACUGAAGAGCCACGGAGACUCUUCUAUGGGAAUGCUGGUUACCGUUUACAUGUCCCUCCAGCUGGCUUUGGGUUGGAUCCACACCUCCAAGAGGAACCUCAGGAAGGUCAGCAGGAAGCACGUGCUGAGGUGCAGAUUGCACGGAAGUUGCAGUGCAUUGCCGACCAGUUCCACCGGCUCCACAUACAGAGGGUAGGGUGUCUCUGGAGGGGAAGAUGGGGAUUUACUUAUCUAGAAGACUGGCACCAGGCAUCAGCUAAGUGGGCUGUACUUCCAGGUAGCAGAAUGCCAACAGCAAUAAAAUGGCAGGAGUAUCCUGAUAGAUUUUUGCUUAUGCUAGAUUGCUGGCUCUUCCUAAAGAUUGGCAAGGUGGAGGGAAGAGAAUGUGUGGGAUUCCAUUUUCUGCCUGGGAAGGUAGCUAUUUUGUGUUAGCUGCUGCUAUUCCAGCUCUUCCAGUUCAUUAGCAGCGGGGUUUAUGAGGCUUUUCCCAGGGAUCUCCUUUCUUUCUAUUACAGCUUUUACUCUUCUUUUCCACUUUUGUCACCACCACCAUCUUCUCUUCUGUGGAAUAAGUGGCCAUCUGUGGCUUAUGUCAGCUCCUCAUCUUGGAGAUAACAAGAAGCCUGGAGUCUGUUCUGACACUCCUUGUUGUCUAAGGGUAGUUCUAUAUAAUGUUAUAAAGUAUAUUUAGAUCGUGCUAGACUUGAUAGCAGCUCCUCUGUCAGACAGUCCUAGCUAGCAUCUCAGACUUGUGAGUAACUUCCUCACAACAAAAGACAGCUGUAAGGUGCCAUCAGGUCUGAAAACCACACUCCAGAUUCUUGAUUUUGUUUCUUAAAGAAAAAAAGAAAAGAAAAAAGAAACCCUGCUAUUCAAAGAAACAAAAUAACCAUCAUCCCCAAAAUCCCUGAUUCUUUCUUCCUUGCCCUUCUUCCCCUGUUGAGUAAAUGGAAAUCUCAGCCCAUGCAGAGCUGGUCAGAGGUUCCAGAGGUUUGGCAGUAGGUAAUAGUUUGCCACUUCUAUGCAAGCCCAACAAGGAGAGUGUAUCUACUUAUAUAUGAAGAAAUUUUGCUGACUUCAGAGGGGGACAGAAAGUUUAUCUCACUCCAAGUGAGCUGCUGCUCUGUUAACUGUGGGAUCUGUUGCAGCCCUUCUCAAAGGUAAGUGAGGAUCUCUGUCCUGGCCAGAGAAUUUGGCUUGUGGCUGGGCAAAGGUUUGAUCCUCUCUGUGUCAUCUGAGACAUAAGGGAAUUCUGUGACUCAUCUCCUAAUAGCAGGAGGAUUAAAGAAACUGUAAAAGGAAUACUACUCUAUAGAAAUGUAGAUAGGGCUAUGAACGUCAUUUAGCAAACUGCAGGAAUAACGAGUUACCACGAGAUUUUUAACACGUGUUGUUUGUGGUUGAAUGGGGUUUUCCGCGGUGGCGCCUUUUCGCCAGCGAUAGCUGCAGACCCCACUCCCUCGCCAGGCUCUCACAGGAAAGGGAAGGUUUAACCAUCCCGCCGGAGGAGCCCUGCACUGAACUGGUGGAACUGGUUGUAACUUGACCCCUUUCAUCUCAGGGGAGUGUCCAUAUCUGAUGUGUGUGCCUUGGAAACGCGUCC